ACGAAACGUUUCGAUAAAGCCACUUUUGGGACGACAAGAGGUGAUGCAUUCGUACUCACUCACUUCGCCUAAGGUGCCGCUGGUACAGAAGCAACGAUGAGCUAUCCCUGCGAGAAAGCGGAGAAUAGACUUCGGAUGGAGCAAGCGCCUCCGGCAUUGAAUGGCCGUGCGUACGCACCACCACCGGACUACGGAGACGCGCCUCCGACCAUCCUCAACACUCCGGUAACUCCUGAAUUGACGACGGUGCCCCCUAGUCAAGAAGGCGACUGGUGGACGCAGACUAAGCUGUGGUACAGGCAGCAAUGGAAGAAGACAGACCCCGUGCUUCCAGCGGUAUCGGCUUCGCUAGGCUUAGCUGUGACGGCAGCGUCUCUGGCAGGCAAUCUGACUGGUGCUGGAAUGGUGAUGGUCCCGUUCGCCUUCGUAUGGAUAGGAUGGAGCGCCCUCUUUUGGCUUCCGGUGUUCGGAGUUCUCGCAGUCUUUAGCGCAGGCCUGCUCGAGUCAUGCUGCGAAAUGCUGGAAGAGCGCCACGAGGAGUACCGCCGGUUCCACUGGUACACGCAGUACUCGGACAUCGCGAACAGAGCCGUGGGACCAGGGCUAUCGAAGGUUGUGGGUGCCCUGCGAUUGCUCUGCGUCGUGGGACUUUGGGCUUUGCUCAUUGUGAUCGCAUCGGCCACUAUGGUUGACUUCGUGGCCCUCAUCCUACCAGUGCCAGUACCAAGGGGACACUUAUACUGCGGCUUCGUUGUUGGCUGCGGAGUGCUGUUCGUUCUCUCCAGUGGUACCACGGCAACCUACUGCCGAUACUGGUGCGGCGUGGUAAACACCCCGGUGGCUGUGGUGCUGACGAUUCUGUUGCUCACGGGUAUCGCGGGCAAUAAUAAGAUGGCUACCGGAACCGGAGAGGCAAUGUUUACCAUAAAGCUGUUCGACCUCGGCUCUCUCAUCGGCGACGUCUCUGGCCUGUCCAAGGGCGUCAAGGACGUUACCAGCGCCCUAUACUUUGUCAGUCUCGGGAUCUUGGCCUUCAAUUUCGCCGGCGUGUGCGAAUUCACAAACAUUCGACGUGACAUGAAGGCACCGCCUUCUUUCACCAAGGCUGCUGCCUUCGGAGUCGCAGGUAAGUCACUGCGCGUGACGGCCACAAGUUCUGCAGAGAGGAGCACGCUGGCUUUAUUCAUCGUUGGCGUAACUGCCUGCGCGGUCCUUUACCCGUUCAACGGAAACGUCGUGCUGAUCUUCAACACACGAAAUGUCCGGAUCGCUGCCCACUUCUUCACUGUGACGUGCUUCGAUCAGUUGACGAACCUCAGCGACCUCAUACUGGGAGAAUACGACCGCGUAGAGGAUUACGGAAAACGCUUGGCCUGGAGGCGUGCCCGAAUAUCGGCUCCGCUUGCCUUGUGCGCCGGUGGAAUUGCCCUGGCCUUGCCAUACGAAGGACCCUUGAUGGGACUCGUUGGGUCCCUUGCGCUCUGCCCUGUGGCGUUCCUGCUGCCUCCCGUGUUCUACUACAAGCUGUGCCAGGGAUCGGAGCAGUGGCCAGAGAAGCCCCUGAGCACGAGAAUGAAGAUCGGCCUCGCAUUAGCCAUUCUGUGCGGCCUUUUCGUGUUCAUCGGCGGAACCGGUGGCGUCGAUCAUUCAGCUGGUGAAUGAGUACGGCGCGGAUGAACAGUCCUGCUUCCGGGGCUUCUGCUACGACCAAAAGUUCGCACUGACGCCGGCGUCACUUUCCUCUUCUCGAUAUAUUCACCAGCGGCGGGAACGUAGACCCCAAUUGGGGUAAAUGCAGCACGAAAUACUGAACUACGUUGUAAAUAAAUUAUUGACGAUUA